CCUCUCCUCUUCUCUCCCUCUCUACAGCAAGACGCAGCAAUGGCGACCGCCUCCGCCUCCCUCCUCCGCCUCUCCCUCCUCCGCCCGCCGCCGCCGAAAACCCAGUCGGACCCCCCGCCGCCGCCGCCUCCUCCCGCCCUCCUCCCUAACCCCCUCCCUCCCUCCUUCCCUCAAAUUCGAGCCCCAGACCCGCCGGCCCCCGCCGCCGCCGCCGCCGCCGUCCGCGCAUCCUACAGCCCGACCCCGGCCACCGACCGCCUCAUCUCCGCCGCGGCCUACACGCUCCCCUUCUUCAACUCCCUCCAGUACGGCCGCUUCCUCUUCCUCAAGUACCUCCUCUCCUACCUCUUCGACCCCGUCCUCCCGCUCCUCUCCCUCUACAAGUCCGUCCCCUACGCCUCCUUCGUCGCCUUCUUCGCCCUCUACCUCGGCGUCGUCCGCAACCCUUCCUUCUCCCACUACGUCCGCUUCAACGCCAUGCAGGCCGUCACCCUCGACGUCCUCCUCGUCCUCCCCCUCCUCCUCCAGCGCAUCCUCAGCCCCGGUCGGGCCGUCGCGUACCGGGUCAUGGUCUGGGGCCACAACGCCGUGUUCGUGUUCAGCGCCGCCUGCUUCCUCUACAGCCUCGCCUCGUCCAUUCUGGGCCGGACCCCUUACUUGCCCUUCGUCGCCGGGGCCGCCGGGAGGCAACUCUAGUGCAACGGAGGAGUGCUGUGAGUAUGAUCGAAGUUCUUGGGUGGGUCCGUUUGAAUGGGGGAGAGUUUAAUCGGUUCUUAUUUGCUUGCUCUGCUUUUUUCUGGUCUUUCAAUGACACAUGUAUUUUAGCUGCUGGAUGAGGUUCGGGUGGGUUGUAAUUGAAUUGGUGUUUGGCAGUUGCAUUUCUCUCUGGUAUAGCAAAUGCAUCAAAGUUUUCCUCUUCUGUCAUGUCUGUUGGGUUCCAAUUCUCACCGGGUUUUCAUAGCAAGCUCGAUUCGGAUUUACUUUUAA